AUGCUUAAUACUGAUGUAUUCGACCACUUGGCCAAAUCAUUGUUUCGAGUUUUUACAAGCUCAGAGAAUUAUAAAUUUCCAUUAAUUGACUCAGAUUUAAGUAACGAUAUAUUGGAAGAAACUUUACCAAAUCCAUCCUCGAUAUUUAUUUCUACUUGCAAUUUAAAAAGCAGAGAAUCGAUUUCAUUUGAACAAGAUGUAGAAUUGGAAGAAACUUAUGAAGACUCUCAGAAUCUAAUUUAUUCCAAUAUAACCAAUAUAAUUAAUAUACCACAUUUAUCAUUAUCAUUACCAUCAUUGAAUGGAGUUGAUGGUGGUGAUUCUUUGAAUCUAGAAAGAUUGAAGUCGCCAAUAACUCGUAUCAACAUUUUUGAUUUUGAUGGGACAUUAUUUGCAUCACCCAAGCCUAAUCCAAAAUUAUGGAGUAAAACAUUAAUUGGAGUUUUGUUAAACCAAUUUACAGAUGGCAAAGGUUGGUAUCAAGAUUCAAGAUCUUUGGAUCUAGGUGAGCCUACAGAGUCAAACAAGUGGAAUGAAUGGUGGAAUAAAGGUCUACUAGACAAUGUCAAAGAAUCAAUGAAUGAUCCAAAAUGUUUGACAGUUUUUCUGACAGGUCGUUGUUAUGCAGUUUUUAGUGAGACCAUCACUAAAAUGUUGGAGGAUAUAGGAUUACGUUUUGAUGUUUUAGGCUUUAAGCCAAUUCAUAUGGCUCUUGAAUGGAAUCUUGUUUAUAGUCAAAAUAGUGUUAAAAAAUUAGGCAUUGAUUAUUAUAAUUAUAUAAUUAGUCAACCAUGUGAUCUAAAGCCUCCAGCAUCUACAAAAAAAUACAAGUUUCUUUUUAUAGAUAAUCUGCUUAAACAACAUCCAUUAACAGAUUCAAUUCAUAUUUGGGAGGAUAGAUGGGAACAUAUUAAUGCAUUCAAAAAUUUAUUCUCCGAAUAUAAAUCACAGAAUAUCAUUAAAGAAGGAAUUGUUCAUGGGGUUGAAAUUCCAGAAUGUUAUUAUGAUCCUCAUAAGGAAUCUAAAAUAGUAAUGGAUAUAAUUAGAGACAACAAUUUAAAAGUUAGUAAUGGUAUUUUAUCUCGUUAUUCCAAAAAAAUAGAUUUAUUUCGCAGAAUUCAAUUUUUGGGGAUUUUUAUAAUACAUGAUCAUGUUAAAUUGCUAUUUGAAAACUUCCCUCCACCUAAAAAUAAGGAAUACAAUUGGUCAUAUAGUUAUCCUUUUGUAUUAAUAAAAAAAUGGCCAAGUUGGAAUUAUAUAAAAGACAAUGAUAUUAAUAGCAAAAGAAAAAAGAUUGUCACAAUGCGAAUUACUGCCACGGCAAUUGUUUGGAAACAACAUUACUGUCUGAAAGUUGAAAUGGUAGAACCAAACGGACAAUCAAAGUUGGAAAAUGGGUUUUCUCAUAGUGAAUUAUAUAGUGAUUAUGGUAUAGAAAUGGUCAGACUUGCCCAUAAUAAAGGAUUAUCAGAUUAUGAUUACGAUUGCGAUGAUAAUUUUGACUAUUUGACGUACAGAAAAAUUAAAUGGAGACAUAUUCCAGAAAGACAGCAAAUAACUAUUCAAGGUGUUGUUGGAGCAAAAUAUAUUGUUGGCUGCUAG